UUUCGAUGGCUAACCGAGCUCCUGUCAGGACUAACAACUCAGCCCUCAUUGCAAUGAUUGCUGAUGAGGACACUAUUACCGGAUUUUUACUGGCUGGAGUUGGCAAUGUUGAUUUGAGGAGGAAAACAAAUUACCUUAUUGUGGAUUCAAAAACAACGGUGAAGCAGAUUGAAGAUGCUUUUAAGGAAUUCAGCACAAGAGAGGACAUCGCAAUUGUGUUAAUCAGCCAAUAUGUGGCCAACAUGGUAAGAUUUUUGGUUGAUAGUUACAAUAAACCAAUUCCGGCCAUUUUGGAGAUUCCUUCAAAGGACCAUCCAUAUGAUCCUGCCCAUGAUUCCGUUCUAUCACGAGUGAAGUAUCUCUUCUCUAGUGAAUCAGUGGCCUCCGAAAGGCGUUAAUGUUGGAGUAAUGUUUCAAUAUGCCCCAACUAUUUCAUAAUAUCUUGAUCUUGUAUCAUGUCACCAUUCUAUCAAGAGGUAUUCAUUUUGUAAUCUUUUUUUUUGUUUUAGAUAUUUAAGCGGUUUGUGUUGUUCUUGACUGUUGAUACAAGAUGUUGUAUAAGUUAAAGUGUGACUGAGAGUGAACAACUUGCUGGAAAUAAGUCAGUUGCUGCGGCUUCUGUCCUUUGGUAGAUUCAAAUGAUAUUAUGGAUGAUUAUUCUUGAAAAAGAAUCAAGUAGAAUGCUUGAAUAA